UGUGUCUUCAUUUAUAAAAUUUAUAAAAGCUAUGACAUACUUGCUCACGAUAUGCCGUCUGUCGAAACUUUUACAUGCUUCAAUAUGGCAGAAGCAAUGCGGGCGACUGUUGCCUCACUUCUACGAGGAAUAGAUAGAUACAAUCCAGAAAAUCUGGCUACUCUAGAGCGAUAUGUGCAACUUCAGGCUCAAGAGAAUACAUAUGACAUUGAAGCCAAUCUUGCAGUGUUAAAACUGUACCAGUUCAACCCAAACUUUUACCAGACAGAUAUUGCAGCUUUGAUUUUACUCAAAGCUCUUACCAACUUGCCUCAUACUGAUUUCAUCCUCUGCAAAUGUCUCAUAGACAGCAACAGACUGAAUGAGAUGCCUAUUUCUAGAAUACUUGAGCUCGCUGAAGACUUGGAAACUUGCAACUUCCAGCGAUUUUGGGAGGAGCUAAGGGAUAUUGAAAUGAUCGGUGCAGUUACAGGAUUUGAAGACUCCAUCAGGAAAUUUGUGUGUCAUGUUGUAGCAGCCACCUUCCAGACAAUUGAACUGGAAAAACUGCAGGAGCUUCUUGGAAGUAUCACAGAUAAUCAAGCUCAGCAGUGGGCAAACAAAUAUGGGUGGACUCUGAACAACGAAGGAGUGGUCUUUGUCACCAAUCAAGAAGAGAACAUCAAAACAAAAAAUAUAACAGAGAAGAUCACUUUUGAGAGUGUUGCAGCAAUUAUGGCUUCUUCACGAUAAUCUGGGAGAUGACUGUCCCCAUAGUAAAUUUCACUAACAAGAACUCUUGUUGUUGCAAGUGACAUUUUAAUAAAAAUACGUUUUUUUUUCCCCCGAU